GGUGUGAUGGAGGAGGGAGCACUUUAUUGCACACCGACGCUGACAUCAAAAAAGAAAAGGCGCGCACAAGAAAAGCUGCUACGUUCGCCUGUGGCGUGUGCCCUCCUGCCAGCCAUCAGCCUACUGGCAGUUCCAGGAGCCAGCCUGGAGCCAGCCCGUCCAAGCAUGUCGGGGCCCUCGCCGGGCAAGACCUCUCGCUUUCCUAUUGCUGUGGAUAUUCCUGUUCCACCAGAGCGACGAACGUCAGCUAUCAAUAUUGUCACUAACCCCAGCUUUGAUGGUGGCUUGGAACAGCCCCAAGAAGAAGCUCUCUACUCCACAAUUCAGCCAAAGCACGAGUGUGGAUCUAGUCCUGGAACGCCACCUCCCCCUCUGCCUCCAAAACAGCUUGAGGUUCUCUACACCAAGCCUAUUAAGACAAACUUUCUUUACCCAGGGUGCAAUUGUCAACAAUUGGCAUCAUUACUCCAGGACAACUAUGCUAUGAAGCAUGAACUCCUAACCUACAAGGAUCGGAUAAAAUCUCUUACUACCAAACUAAAACAGUUUGAAGGAAUAUCGGAAGUCAUGAAGGAGCUUCAACAAAGCGUCGAAAGUGUAUCAGAAGAAAAUAAAAGGCUCAAGCAGUACGAGAAAUGCAUUACAGAGGCCAAGACUACAGAACAAGAGAAGCAUGACCUUUUCGAGCAGCUCAAAGAUGCACAGUCACAGUACAAGCAUGAUGUGGACCAUCUGAGUCAACAGGUGAGCCAGCUUGAGCGUGAGAAGCAAGAGCUGGAAGGGGCCUUAGCCAAGUUACAGCAGGAGCAUGACCAGCUGCUCAUCUCCACUCAGAACUCUGUCUCCUUCCAGUUCCACACAACAGCUAUGCUUGAAGUCAAGAGGCUUUUAGAAGAGCUCAAACAAAAGUACCAAAACGACAAGGAAAAUCUCACAGUUAAGGUCCAGCUGGCUGAACAAGAACGGCAGGAGCUGAAACAGCAACUGGUACAGCUGGAAGAAGAAGUGGGAUGGCUAAGGAGUGACCAUAGUGCCCUCUCAGGUGCCUACCGCCGAGCUGUUCGCCAAAACCACACAUUAGUCACCCAUCUUCGUGAACUUCAGGAUGAUGACUCUGAGAUGCACUCACUACUGUCAUCACUUCUUGUCACUGCUCACCAAGUAGUUUCUGAGCGCGACAGCUUAGAAAUAAAGAAUGAGGAAAAGGAGAAAGAAUGCCAACGUAUGUUGGAGCUCCUUGGACAGCAUAAUGUGGACAUAGAUCAGUUGAACAAAUAUCUCAAGAGCAUGCAGGACCAAACAGAGGAUGAGAAGUACAAAGCAAAGCUUAGGCGGGAAGUAGAGGGAAACCUUCAGGAAGAGUAUGAACAGCAGAUCUCUCACCUGCACACAAAGGUGGAGCAGAAGCAGCAAGAGCUAGAAAGUGUUCAUAGAGAAAAAAGGAAGCUGGAGAGAGAGCUCGAGCAGCUGUGGCAGGUAUUUGCCCACGAAACUGAACUUAAGGCAUUGCCAGGUGACACAGCACAAGCUUUUGCUCUUCAUCAGCUAGCAUCACAAAACUGAGCCUGUGCAAUUUACAGUUAUGUGAAAGCAAUCCAAUGAGAGCCUCACAACUUGCUGUUGUUGCCAUGUGGAAGUAAGCACUGAAAGCUAUGCUAUGACAGAAUACACUGUUUACUCAGACAAAACAAAAAUCUGUUGAAAUACUUACUGCAUCUGAAAGUACUAAAAGGCAGCUGGCACAUUUACAACAAAGAACUGGCAAUGCUAAAUGCGUGUCGGGCAUACAACUUUCCCAUGUCAGCCAGACGGGCAGCUUUGCAAGAGAUUCAAUGAUCCAGGACCUUAGUAAGGAAAGUUGGUAGUGCAAAACAACAUAAACCCUGACAAUAACAUUCCAGCCUUUAUUAGACAAACACCAGACCACAAAUUUCAUUGUAGAUUGUGUGACUCAGUUUACGCACUUGUACACUCAGUAUCUGUGUAUGCUAAUUUGCACAAGUGCAAAGGUCUGCCAUGUCUUUAGUUAUUGUUUGCACAAUUUUUUAAUUGUUUACACAAUUAUUGUUUGCACAAUUUGCAAAUUUCUGUAAAGGUCUCCCAUGUCUUUAUUUAUUGUUGUAAGCAAAAUAUCGUUUAGCCCAGCCCAUAAUUUUGGCACCUUAUUGUGUAAUAAUAUAACUAUAAAAUAGCACUAAUGCUCACAUGAAUGUUCCCCUUUAUUAAUAACAGUGUUUGAAAAGAGUGAUGUGCAUCGAAUGCAUUACGUACAUAAAUGCUGAAAUAUAAAUAGCGUCUACCUAGGAGAAGAUGGUGCUAUGUUACUACGGUGCUCUUUGACUUACAUGAAUAAGACAUAAGAGCACAAGACAAGGAAAGUGAUUACCAAUAAGGCAUGCUUGCAACGACCAUUAAUGUCAGUACAACAAUGCAGUAUAUUCGGAAUGAAACUUGUGUUCCCUUUAGAUAACAAUGCCAUACAACGGUGACAUGUUUGCCAGAAACAGGGCCAACUAUUGUUUUAACAAUACUGUCAACAUUGAGCAAGGAUAAUCCCAACUGUACUCUACACAAACAAGUGCUGAAACUAAUACUGCAUUGGCAUUAGAGAAGUUGCGUUGGCUUUCCUAGUGAUCAUUAAGAGUUCAAUGUGAUGGCACUCCAUCUUGGCUCCAUGUGUAAAAUAGUAAUAGGUGUUUUAAGCAACACCAAAAUUCAGUUUUAAUCUGUUUCAAUAAUAUUUAGGUCUCAGCUCUCCAUGGGAGUAUAUAUAGUGGUGCCGACUCACAUUAUAAAGAGUGAUGCCACAAAAUAAUACAAACCACAAAUUAGCAGAUGAAACCUUAACAAUAAAAAAACUGAAAGCAGCUCUUUUUCUUUGUGAAACAGUGUUUCCAGAUUUUCUGCUCUUUUAUGCUGUCUUUACUGCACUCAUUUUAUUGCAAGCUUACCUCUGUAGUGCACAUGUUUUGUCUUCCCUUCCCUACCUUGUGCUACUUUGCACUAAAAAUUGCCUCAUGUUUUAGCUCUGUUAUUUUCUUUUUGUUGUAUUUUUAAGACUGUCAUAUUAUCUAUCUAAAAACAGAAAUAGGCACUUUAAGAAGCUAACUGAAUAUAAUUUCUACCCGGUUCAGCUCCAAAAUGCAAAAGUACAAAGUUAUACUAUGAACAAAACAUAAGAGGGCACAGCAUGUUACUUGUAACAGAAAUGAAAUAAGGGAAUCGUACUUUUCCUGUAAUUCAGCAAGUUCAAUUCUCCAAUUGAACUUGCUGCAUUGGCAUCAUGUCCCGAUAUUGGUUGGCAUGCUUCAACGUCGGGUGUAGCACAGUGCCUCAGAUGACAACGGAAUCGUGUGAUAGAACACUUCUACUCUGUUGGAGUUGUCCAGGCAUGGCAGUAUGGGAACACAAGGCAAAGCGAGAAUGCCGACAAGAUUUUGGAAGCAGGAAAUAGUUGCAAGCAACCUUGGAUGCCAAGGAUUUACUCAAAUUUUGAUCUUUUUGCAUGAGCACUACUGUAGCAAGACAAAAAGACCAUUUUCAUUUCUUUACCUAUCUGGCAACUGAUACAUAAUUUGCAGUAAAACUGCAUUAGCAAGUUCACAUGCUUCGGAUGUAUAUACUAAGAGUUCGUUUGAUGGCUCAUGGCCUCGCUCAAACAGAAACUGCUGAGUUACAAGUACUAUCAUGGCUGGCUGUUCUUAGCAACUGCUACCAUUGAGGCAGCAUUACAGUACGAUAUCGUGUUCCACACCUGCAUAUGUGAAAACUUAUAGCCGACCUACUAUGUGGAGCUGUUGCAAGAUGCGAGAAAUAAAAACGACAGAACACCUUUACAAAUGAUUAUUUAAAUUAUGUAUAUACAUGGCAAGUUUUAGGUUACAUCAAGGAUCAGUGUGCUCAAAAAGCCAAUUCAAAGCUUUAGCGCACUUAUCGAGUACAUCAGCAAUCAACCAUACCCACCAGCUUUUGCCACAUGAGAACUAUUGCAAAGCCACCUUAAAAGCUUUCCCACGAGCCAGCAUUCAUAUACAGCUGUAACCAACAAUGGGCUUCCUAAGAGCUAGGCCCUUGCAUUUUUUCAUUUAUUAAUGUUGGAAGACUUUGCUUGUAUGUCUGUUCCUUAUGUUCUGGUCAUAUUGUGCCACUUCCUUAAUAGAAGUAGUCAAUUUUUAUGAACAAAACAAAAGUGUUGCAGUUUGUAAAUAAAAUUUUUGCCAAGGUUAGAGCCACCUAGGCACUUGGGGUAGUGGUAGCAUUUACUUAUGCAGUAUUUCAAGGAGUAAACUGGCAUGUCUUGGCCAAUUUGCAGUCAUUGAGUUUGCUUCCUUAUGCAGCGUGGGGAGAGCUUUGAGCUGAACAGUUUGUUUUCCCAUGUUGCAUUUGUCACAUCCUAAUCCCCCAUUAGGACACCUCGGGAUCGAAGUGCAAUUAAGUACUUUUUGUCAGUUAUGUGCACCCAGUGACUUUAUUUUAUACUUGUUCAAAUGAACCAUAAAUAAACAUUCUCUCUCACUUCAA